ACACAGCCAGUAUUGCAGACGCCGCUGUCGAAGCUGCUGGGGAUCCAGUACCCCAUCAUCCUGGCCGGCAUGGCGCGAACGUCGGGCGGGCCUCUUGCGGCUGCCGUGUCGAAUGCUGGCGGCCUCGGAGUGAUUGGCGGUCUGGGCUACACGCCCGAACAACUGCAGUCCAUCAUCGACGAGCUCAAGUCAAACCUCAAGGACCAGAAUCUCCCGUUUGGAGUCGACCUCGCACUGCCACAGGUGGGCGGCAGCGCGCGCAAGACGAACCAUGACUACACGCACGGCCAGCUCGACGAGCUUAUCGAAGUCACCAUCAGGAACGGAGCGAAGCUGUUUGUGAGCGCUGUGGGGGUGCCGCCUGCGCGGACCAUCAAGAGGCUCCAUGAAGCAGGCAUCCUGAUUAUGAACAUGGUGGGACACCCAAAGCAUGCGAAGAAGGCGCUGGACGCGGGCGUGGACAUUGUGUGCGCGCAGGGCGGCGAGGGCGGAGGGCACACGGGCGACAUUGCCAACAGCAUCCUGAUACCGGCCGUGGUGGACGUUGCACGCAAGUACAAGAGCCCGUUGACGGGCCAGGCAGCCAUGGUGGUGGCGGCAGGAGGCAUAUACAACGGGCGCAGCCUGGCCAGCAGUCUGAUGCAAGGCGCACAGGGAGUAUGGGUCGGCACGCGCUUUGUUGCGUCGACCGAGGCCGGGUGCUCCACGAUGCACAAGGAAAACGUGGUCAGCGCCGACUUUACAGACACGGGGCGCACGCUGGUCGUCAGCGGGCGGCCACUGCGGGUCAGGUACAACGACUACAUCAAGGAGUGGCACCAGCGCGAGGACGAGAUCAAGAAGCUGACCGAGGCGGGCAUUGUGCCGCUGGCCAAGGACAUGGACGACGGCAAGGACGUGGACAUUCCGUUCCUGAUGGGCCAUCCUGGCUGCA